GGAAUGCUUCAGUAAGAUAGUUUGGACAUGUAAGACCACCGAUGGAGGCUCUUGUUAGAAGAGUUGAUCAAAUGGAGGAUAGCCAAACAAUUAGAGAAGGUGGAAAAGAUACAAAUAUAGAAUGGCAGGAGCAGGUUUAUCAGAAGGUUCAAAGGAUGAAAAGCGCAUAUUUCAAAAAACUCAAUGUCUUUUACCAAAUUAUCAUGAGCAAACUUCAACAGGUCGAGUCUUCUCAAGAACCAAAGAAAACUGAUUUGGAAAAAAUAAAACAGAGUAAAAGAGCAGUAGAAUAUUUUUUGUCACUCUUAAGUGUUAGUAAAAGCCAGAUUACAACAGAUUUCAAGGAGAGACUAGACAAAGCAGAAAAGUCAAUACUUUCUUUUGUACUCUCAAAGAAUGAUUCUUCACAUCAUAAAGGAACAGAGUCAGCUGAUGUGCAAUCCAGGCAACAGUCUGUCCCAUCCCAUUCUAGAGUUUCUCAAAUGGAAACAUUUGAAAAGGAACCAUCACCACAAAUAUUGGGAACACAGAUGUGUUUACAAGAGCCGCAAGUGGCAAAACAAAAUAGCAAAUCACAACAGGAGGCAAAUCAAUUGUCUAUCAUAAAAGGCCUUGGCAAUACUGUACAACAGCAAACUCACAGUGCUCAAAAAGCAAAUGAAGUAUUUGGUGCCAGCGUCAACACACUGGGGAUUUCAGCUUCACCCAUGAUUGAAGACUGCAGUAAUUUAAAUGAAAUUUCUCAUAAAGCUGCAGUCAUUUCUGAUGAGCCAAGUGCUGCAAUGCAGCAAUUACUUAAAGUGUUGACCUCCAUGUCACCUGAAGCAUUGAGUACAUCAGUUCGUGAAAUCAAAGAGGUAGUCUCUAUGAAUGAUGGACCACUACCAGAGAUGGUACAACAACAAAAUCAACAAAACCUUAUCCUACAAGGAUGGAAAAUGUCUCGCAGCAUUAAUGCAGUGGCCCUGGAUACUUCUAGAAUUUGUGCUAGUACACGUGACAGUUUCAACCAGUUGACUGAUCCUGAGGAAUCUGACUUGAAUUCAGUCACAACUGGAGUAAAACGGCCUAGGAUUGCACAGGAAAAUUGUGCUCUUUUAGAAGAAAUAAGGGAGAUAAACAAGAUAUUGAUAGACACAGAGAUAGUUAUUGGUGAAAAAGACAGCAUUCCAAGUGCAGCUGGAGGAGCUGCUGAACAUGGUGAAGGAUUAGUUGUUAAAUUCCUUUUCAGUGCAGUAACUGUCAAUCCGAACCUAAUAUCUCAUUAUGCUGCUGAUAAAAAGUCAAUAAUCAAACCAUUAUGGUUGCUUGUUCCCACAAGUUAUCCAUUUUCCUCACCUGUUAUUUUAAACCAAAUGCCGUUGGAAAUCAGUCAAUUCAUGCAUGAUCCGAGGGAGAAACACUUGCGAGCUGUGGACAGGAUUCUUCACUAUCUAAAAGGAACACCAUACAGAGGAUUAUUGUUCCAGAGAGGAGGAAACUUAUCCUUAGAAGUUUAUACAGACGCCAAUUAUGUUGGAUCCGUGACUGAUCGAUGGUCUACUAUGGGCUAUUGUAUGUUUCUUUGUGGAAAUCUAAUAACACAGAGAAGUAAAAAGCAAAAUGUGGUUGCUAGAUCAAGUGCAGAAGUAGAAGCAGAAUUUUGA